UGUAAUAAUUUCUGCAAAUCGAAAGUGUAAAAUUUUAUAAUUGCAAAAGAAUUUCUUUAAAUUUUGUAAUGUUAAAUCUUUAUUUAAUUUCCACUUAAAGUAACACAAAAAAAAAACACAAUGAAGACAAGAUUCAAUUCCUUUGACAUCGUUUGCGGUGUCACCGAGUUACAAAAACUCGUUGGACUACGUGUUAACCAAAUUUAUGACAUCGAUAACAAAACUUUCCUAAUUCGUCUGCAACAACACGAAACAAAAUGUGUGCUCCUGUUGGAAUCCGGAAUUCGGUUUCACACCACUGCCUUCGAAUGGCCCAAGAACAUGGCCCCGUCCGGAUUCAGCAUGAAACUCCGAAAGCAUCUGAAGAACAAACGCCUCGAGAAGCUGACUCAGCUGGGUGUCGAUCGUAUUGUAGAUUUUCAAUUUGGUAUGAAUGAAGCUGCCUAUCAUAUAAUUUUGGAAUUGUACGACAGGGGUAACAUCAUUCUCACCGAUCACGAGAUGAAUAUUUUGUACAUACUUCGCCCUCACUACGAAGGUGAAGAGGUUCGCUUUGCGGUGAGAGAGAAGUACCCUACUAACCGAGCGAGAGAAGCUUCAGAAGACCUCACCGAGGAGAAAGUUAAGGAAGUUCUUGCUUCGGCAAAAGCUGGAGACAAUCUAAGAAAGAUUCUAUUCCCGUAUCUGGACUGUGGCCCAACAGUCAUAGAACAUGUCCUGGUAAAGAACUCCCUCAUCGACUGUGUUUUCAAGGGAUCCGCAGAUAAUGCAGAAGACAAUGAAACGGACAAAGCUGACCAAAAAAAGACUCGCAAGCAAAAGAAAAAGGAAGCGGGUUCUGCAAAUGCUCGCCCAUUUGACAUGGAAGCCGAUCUGCCCAAACUCAUGGUAGCUAUCCAAGAUGCCAAUGCAAUUCUCAACGAAGGGCGAACUCUCCCUCCCAAAGGAUACCUUAUUCAAAAGAAAGAAGCAAAACCCACUGAAGCAGGAGAACCACAAGAGUUUCUGUAUCAGAACAUCGAGUAUCAUCCUUACAAGUUUGAGCAAUUUAACGGCCAACCUUGCGCUGAGCAUGAGUCGUUCAUGUUCGCAGUAGAUGAGUUCUAUUCGACAUUGGAGGGCCAGAAAAUCGACAUGAAGACACUGCAUCAGGAGCGAGAGGCUUUAAAGAAACUCUCCAACGUCAAGAAGGAUCAUGCCAAGCGUCUUGAAGAACUCACAAAAGUCCAAGAGGUUGACAAACAGCGUGCCGAACUGAUCACUCGCAAUCAAGCACUCGUGGAUAAUGCCAUUUUGGCCAUCCGCAGUGCCAUUGCCAAUCAGAUGUCCUGGCCAGAUAUUCACGAACUGGUCAAGGCGGCCCAAACAAAUGGUGAUCCAGUUGCGAGCACCAUAAAGCAGUUGAAGUUGGAAAUAAACCAUAUAUCCUUGCUACUUGCUGAUCCCUAUAGAGUUCAGCCUUACGAUGAUGAGGAUGAGGAAGAAGAUGAAGAAGAAGAUGAUGACUACAUACCAACCAUGGCUGUGGAUGUUGAUCUUGCCCUUUCGGCUUGGGCAAAUGCUAGAAAGUUUUACGAUCAAAAACGCAAUGCAGCCAAGAAGGAACAAAAGACAAUCGAUGCUUCGCAAAAGGCUCUUAAAUCAGCCGAGCGGAAGACUCAGCAAACGUUGAAGGAUGUCCGAACUAUAUCGACCAUUUCCAAGGCGAGAAAGGUUUACUGGUUUGAGAAGUUCUAUUGGUUCAUCAGUUCGGAGAAUUAUCUUGUUAUUGGCGGACGUGAUGCACAGCAAAACGAAUUGAUUGUUAAAAGGUACAUGCGUCCAACAGACAUCUACGUGCACGCCGAGAUUCAGGGUGCUUCAAGUGUGGUUAUCAGAAAUCCAACCGGAGCCGAGGUCCCUCCUAAAACACUCCUAGAGGCCGGUACCAUGGCUAUAUCGUAUAGUGUUGCUUGGGAUGCCAAAGUUGUGACGAAUGCUUAUUGGGUUAAGAGUGAUCAAGUAAGUAAGACGGCGCCAACCGGUGAGUACCUUGGCACUGGCAGCUUUAUGAUUCGAGGUAAGAAAAACUUCCUGCCACCAUGUCAUUUGAUCUUGGGUCUGAGUCUGCUGUACAAGCUCGAGGACAGUUUCAUUGAGAAGCAUCGUGGCGAAAGAAGAGUGCGCACCUUCGAUGAUGAUGGAGCAGCUGCAGAUAAACUUAAAGAAAUGACCAUUGAAAAUGAGCAACUAGAACCGGUUGCAGAAGAUGUUGAAAUUGAGCUUGAAGCUUCCGACAAUGAAGACUCAAAGAAAAACGACGACGAUGAAGUAGUGAAGAAAUCCCCGGAGAGUAGCGACAACGAAGAUGAUGGUAAAUACGCUUUCCCCGAUACUGAAGUCAAAGUCGAUCACGCUACUGGAGAAGUUAUAGUGCGACUUCAUUCGCAAGUCGAGCCAACAACUCCUCUUGUAAUAGAACGUAUCUCUAAGGAUGAGGAUGAGGAGAAACCAUUUAUUAUUCCAGCGGUUGCUCCUCGCAAGAAACAACAACAAAACGCCAAGAAACGCAAGGAAGAAAAAGUAAACCAGCAACAGCAAAAACAACAACAGCAGAUCAACCACCAGAAGGAGGAAAAUCAAUCCUCAAAUCAAAUGAAGCGAAGACAACGCGGAAAAUUGAAGAAAAUCAAGUCCAAAUACAGGGAUCAAGAUGACGAGGAACGUCAACUUCGAAUGAACAUACUUAAAUCGGCUGGAACUGAAAAAGCAAAGAUUGAUUCGAAUAAAAUGGAAGAGGAUACGAAUAAGUUAAACAAAAUGAAGCGUCAAUUCGAGCCGAAACAACCGAGCAACGUUGACGGUGAGGAUGAAACUGAAGAUGUGACUGUGAGUGCAGAUGUCGAUAUGUUGGAUUCUCUCACUGGAAUACCUUUCGAGGAGGAUGAAUUGUUGUUUGCUAUUCCCGUUGUAGCUCCCUAUCAGGCUUUGCAUAAUUAUAAAUUCAAGGUAAAGCUUACUCCAGGAACUGGAAAACGUGGUAGGGCCGCGAAGACAGCUAUCUUGAUGUUCUCAAAGGACAAAUCGUGCACAGUCAGAGAAAAGGAUUUGCUUAAAGGAAUCAAAGAUGAACAACUAGCUCGGAAUAUGCCUGGAAAAGUCAAGCUAUCCGCACCACAACUUCAAAAGUAUAAGAAAUAAAUUUAAAAAAUGAGCGGAGAUUUUCAGUUUGAUUCAAGUUCGCAUUUAUUGAGAAUAAAAAAAAGAAGAUUUCAGUGAAUUUGCUUCAGUUGGGACAUGUUUUAAAUACACAUAUAGUUUAAUAAAUAUUAAAUGUAUAUAAAAUGUUAAAA